GUAUGUUUCCGAAUUCCCCGCGGUUUUGAAAGCGGCAACCGAUUCCCUCCCCCAACUAACGACGCAAUCAUUGUGCGCUUGGGCUGUGUGCUGGAUAGAUUUCGCUCCACAUCUGAACUAAAGAUGCCUCUGCCCCCGGCGUUACUGGCUCGCCUAGCCAAAAGAGGGAUUCUUAAGCACUCAGAUCAAGAUGCGGAUGAGGAGAUCAUUGCUGAGGACUAUGAUGACAACAAUGUAGAUUAUGAGGCCACUGCCCGUGAGAAUUUACCUCCCAACUGGUACAAAGUAUUUGACCCUAUUUGUGGUCUGCCAUACUACUGGAAUGUGGAAUCUGACCUAGUUGCCUGGCUGUCCCCAACCGACCCCACAUCUGUGAUAACCAAAGCUGCCAAGAAGUCAAGGGCAGAGGUUGGGGAGGACAGAGGAGAGAGACAAAUUGAGAAGCCAGACAGAGAGAGGGAGCGAGAGAGGGACAAAGAUCGGGAACCAGAAAUGGAGAGGGAAAGAGGGAGGAAUGACGGGAGGGAAAGAGACAGGCGGAUGCAGAGGAGAGAAGACUUUGCCCCCUACAGCAAGAACAAACGAGGGAGGAAGGAUGAGGAGAUGGACCCAAUGGAUCCCAGUGCUUAUUCUGAUGCUCCCAAGGGCAAUUGGUCCACUGGCUUGCCCAAGCGUAAUGAGGCGAAGACCGGGGCGGACACCACGGCAGCAGGGCCUCUGUUCCAGCAGCGCCCGUACCCCAGCCCCGGAGCUGUACUCAGGGCCAACGCAGCCAAUAAAAAGCCCCCCAGUGACGAUGACGACGACUGACCACAGGGGUUCACACUCGGCAGGAAACACAACUGUGGGCUCCUUGCCUGCUACGUUUGGAAUGAAGUUACCUUUCUAUUCUCAGUCCAUACACUACAUGGAAUGUGAGACCCCUGCUGACAGAGCUUAUCUGGUGAGGCGGAAACAAGUUGUUUCUGCACGUGUAAAUAUUGCUUGCUAUUUUUUUGGUAUGACUGAAAUUUUACCUGUAGGCUACCAUUGAUCAUCAGAUGAGUGGCAUUUGCUAAAUAAAUGCUAAAUAAAUGACUUA